GUAAGCGAUGGAGGAUCUCCCGGAGCCACUGCUUGCAGAUAUCCUCAGGAGGAUUACCAGGGCAAGCGAUCUUAAUUCUCUUUCCCUCGUGUCGAAGCAGCUCUACACCUUUGAAGGGGAGCAUAGGGAUGCUAUCUGCAUUGGCUGUGGACUUAACCCUGCAACAGAAGCCUUGACAUCACUGCUCUCCCGAUUCUCCAAUCUGUCUAAAGUAGAGAUCAAUUACUCUGGUUGGACGCCCAGCCACGGGGAGCAGUUCAAUGAACAUUGCCUCUCUGUGUUAUCAUCUCAAUGUCCCUUGCUGUCUGAUCUCACCUUAAGCUUUUGCUCAAACAUCCAGGAUGCUAGUAUGGCUUAUCUGGCUCGUUGCACAAAGUUGAGAUGCCUCAAGCUUAUCAGCACACCCGCAAUAAGUUGGUGUGGCCUUUCUUUGGUGGCGGUUGUUUGCAAACAUCUUUCUGUUCUCCACCUUGUUGACUGUAUAGCAGUAUCUGUUGAUGGGUGGCUAGCGUACCUUGGUAGACAUGGAUCAUUGGAAGAAUUAGUGGUGAAGGAUUGCAAAGAAAUCAGCCAAUAUGACCUCCUAAAGUUUGGUCCAGGAUGGCAAAAGCUCCAGAAGUUUGAGUUCGAAAUUAAUGGAAAUUACUGGAUGCCUAUGUCCCUUGACCCCUCCUACGUGCCUGGCUACCCAUAUAGCUAUGAGAUCUGCUGUGAGAAUUUGAAGCAUCUUAGGCUUGCUCAUAUAAUAACUGAGCCGGAAAUUGGACUUCGUUUUCUCCUUGGGAAGUGCAAAGCACUGGAGACACUUGACCUGGAAUAUGUUAUCGGUCUAGAUGAGAGUGAGAUGAUUGCACUGUUCCAGCGCUGCAGCAACCUUAAAAGCAUCUCACUUUGGCUCAUGCCUUUGCACUUUCAUUCUGUGCACCAUGGGAUUCAGUUUAGGACGCCACUGACCAAUGGCAGCCUCGAGGCUCUAGCUCUCAGCUGCCCUAUGCUUGAGGUUGUUGAGCUCACUUUCACAUUCUGCGACCCCGAUUGGCCAACAGAAAUAGGCUUCACGCAAAAGGGUAUUUUGACCCUGAUCCAAUCUUGUCCAAUCCGCGCUCUUGUGCUAAAUGGUGCAAGCAUUUUUUAUAACUCUGGGAUGAAGGGGCUCUCAUCCUGUGAGUUUCUGGAGACACUCGAGAUUGUGGAUUGCGUGUCUCUAACGGAUGCUGGGAUGGAUUUCGUUAUUCAGGCUCCUCGCUUGAGUAUUCUCACACUCCGCGAAUGUAAUAAUGUGACAGAUAAUGGAAUGGUUGCGCUGGCACAUUCAGGGAAGCUGGAUUCACUGACUGUCAUAGGGUGCCGUCAGAUAUCUCAGGAAGGCGUACAUGGUGCUGCCAAAUCAGUUCACUACUCUGCAGAUACUGAAAGCCAUGACAGUCUGAAGGGAAUGAAGGUUCAAUCUCUUGGAGAUUAG